GGGAUAGUGAGAAGCCUGGAUCUUACGCCCAGUUUUAGUUACCACCAGCAUCAAAAUGACCUGUGUAAGAGGCUUCCUGAUGAAUUGUGUGUGUCAUUCCUGACACAGGAAUGUUUUAAUUCUGGAACGUGGGUCUUUGGCUGCCGUGCAUAGAUGCGUGUACAUAAAUAGCCAAACAAUUUGAUGCCCUUGAAGGAAGAGUAUCAAAAGGAAGAAAGCUGCAUGGAAUAGAACUGCAGUAGCCUCUCUAAUCUUAAGAUGUCAAAAUUAACCUGGACUACUUGGGAAUGGCGAAACAUAGCCCUGGAAUCCUGCCAUGAACAAAUGACGGCAAAAUAUAACGGCAGCAUCAAGAGCAAACACCACAAACCAAAGAGAUUUGAGGAGCUUGCAAGGCAGUGAGGAAUUCAGCCCCCCGCACCUGGCAGAGGAGGCAGGUGCAUGAAGAACAGAGGAGAUAUUCCUGCUCAUCAGAGAUGAUGUGGAGAGACGCUUUGGGAGUCAUUAACCUAGGUGCCAUGGAUCAUUCUGUGCUCAGAGGAGAGGUUUCAGCAGUGCUUCAUCACAGAUCUCUGGUGGAAGAGGAGGAUCCUCAUAUGAAAGUAUCUCUGGGUAGCAGCGAUAUGGGCGUGUCUGCCCAUCUACAGUCUUCGAAGACAGGGACCACAAGAUUUUUCACCAGCAAUACUCACAGUUCUGUGGUAUUACAGGGUUUUGACCAACUGCGAGUGGAAGGUUUGCUUUGUGAUGUGACGCUUGUUCCAGGAGAUGGUGAUGAAGUGUUUCCUGUUCACAGAGCAAUGAUGGCUUCUGCAAGUGAUUACUUCAAGGCUAUGUUCACAGGAGGAAUGAAGGAACAGGAUUUAAUGUGCAUUAAGCUUCAUGGUGUGAAUAAAAUAGGCUUAAAGAAGAUCAUUGAUUUCAUUUAUACUGCAAAACUUUCUCUUAACAUGGACAACCUUCAGGACACUCUGGAAGCUGCCAGUUUUUUGCAGAUUUUACCUGUUUUGGACUUCUGUAAAGUAUUUCUUAUCUCCGGGGUUUCGUUGGAAAAUUGUGUUGAGGUUGGGCGAAUUGCCAACACGUACAAUCUCACAGAAGUGGAUAAAUAUGUUAAUAAUUUCAUCCUGAAGAACUUCCCUGCAUUAUUAAGUACUGGUGAAUUUGUGAAACUCCCCUUUGAACGUCUUGCCUUUGUGCUUUCAAGUAAUAGCCUUAAGCACUGCACUGAACUUGAACUCUUCAAGGCAGCUUGUCGCUGGCUGCGGUAUGAGGAGCCUCGGAUGGAGUACGCUGCAAAGCUAAUGAAGAACAUCAGGUUUCCACUGAUGACCCCCCAGGAUCUUAUUAACUACGUUCAAACAGUGGACUUCAUGAGAACUGACAAUACCUGUGUAAACUUGCUUUUGGAAGCCAGCAAUUACCAAAUGAUGCCAUACAUGCAACCAGUUAUGCAGUCGGAGAGAACUGCCAUUCGAUCGGACAGUACUCAUUUGGUGACGUUGGGAGGAGUGCUGAGGCAGCAGCUGGUCGUCAGCAAGGAAUUACGGAUGUAUGACGAAAAGGCCCACGAAUGGAAAUCCUUAGCUCCCAUGGAUGCACCAAGGUACCAGCAUGGCAUAGCUGUGAUUGGAAACUUUCUUUACGUAGUUGGGGGCCAGAGUAAUUACGACACAAAAGGAAAGACAGCGGUUGACACGGUCUUUAGGUUUGAUCCGCGCUAUAACAAGUGGAUGCAAGUCGCAUCUUUAAAUGAGAAGCGAACCUUCUUCCACCUAAGUGCCCUCAAAGGACAUUUGUAUGCAGUCGGUGGUCGCAAUGCAGCGGGUGAGCUAGCCACGGUGGAGUGUUACAAUCCCAGAAUGAAUGAAUGGAGCUAUGUCGCAAAAAUGAACGAACCCCACUAUGGUCACGCUGGAACUGUUUAUGGGGGAUUAAUGUAUAUUUCAGGGGGAAUUACCCAUGAUACUUUCCAAAAGGAACUUAUGUGUUUUGACCCUGACACAGACAAAUGGACUCAGAAGGCUCCAAUGACAACAGUCAGAGGUCUUCAUUGCAUGUGUACUGUAGGAGACAAGCUAUAUGUUAUUGGUGGAAAUCACUUCAGAGGAACGAGUGAUUAUGAUGAUGUUCUAAGCUGUGAAUAUUACUCACCAACUCUAGACCAGUGGACUCCUAUUGCCGCCAUGUUACGUGGGCAAAGUGAUGUUGGGGUUGCUGUCUUUGAAAAUAAAAUCUAUGUUGUUGGAGGAUAUUCUUGGAAUAAUCGGUGUAUGGUGGAAAUAGUUCAGAAAUAUGAUCCAGAAAAAGAUGAGUGGCAUAAAGUAUUUGACCUUCCAGAAUCUCUUGGUGGCAUUCGAGCCUGCACUCUUACUGUUUUCCCACCGGAGGACAAUACAGGGUCACCGUCUAGAGAAUCUCCUCUUUCAGCACCUUAGACACAUCUCGACUUGUGAUGUUGUAGUAACACCUUUGCACUGCAUCAUGGAGUCUAUUAUUUUUCUUCAGUAGUUUCUGUUAGGCUUAGCCUACAGCAUUUCAUACAAUUACUGGAAAAAAAAAAAAGACUUUGACAUUAUUUGUGCUGUUUGUUUGGCCUAGAAUGUUUGUCAAGUAGUUAACAAAAAAAAUGUACUCACCCGAGCCAAAUGUUUAACCAAUGAGAAGAUACUGUCUAUAAACUGUAUGAACUAGGUACGUUAUUAAUGUUGUGUAUUGGGUGUGAGGUACCUUAUAGCUUACAUUCGGAAGCCCAAGGAGUCAAAUUUGAAGACUUUAUAUUGAUCAUGGUCUUUAACUAAAUUCCGUAGUUGAAAUACUUCUUCCUUUCAUUUUUGACUGCUGAUCACAAGGGGAGGUGGAGCACAUCAAUGUGAACUAUGACAGAAGGUUGCUAAGGGUCCUGAGCUACCUCCCUCAUUUCACAGAGUACUUUUGACAUAUCUGUUUGCCCACCUGACUUUGUGGGUGCUUUCAGAGCAUAUGAAGUUUCUUAGACAGAGGGGAGAAAUAAAAUAAUGUUCAAAUACUAGUACUGUACAGGAAGCAAACCUUGUAGAGGCCAGGACUUUUUUUAUAACGUAUAUUAAGUGGUUUUCCUGAGUCGGUUGAGUGAUGCUUCAAACAAAAUAUUUAAAAUGUUUUGUUUGGGUUUUUUAAUUUGUUUUUUUCUUUUUUUUUUUCAGAAACUGGCUUCCACUUGCAUGGGAGCACACACUAUUAACAAACAGGAAUUCAGUGCAGUUGUACAUUCUGUUGUAUGCCUGUACUGAAUAUGGGUAGAUAAGGGCUAGAAAUAUUAACUUAUGCCACUGAAUUUGACCAAAUUGUUCCAUCAGAUCAAAUUUAAUCUACCUUUUCUCCUUUGCUGUUGAGAUAACUUGCAUAAUGUGUCCUCUGUAAAGUCUCAGUUAAUAAGGUUAUUUAGCACAAAGUGCAGCUUCAGUGGGAGAGCUGCUUUUGCUCAGUGAACUUGGACUACCACAUUUUACCUUUUUUUGUUCAAUAAAACUUUUAACUGCAGUGAUUCAGUCUAAGCUACCUCAUUAAUGUAUUUGGUUUUCUUCCUCUGCCUCACUGUCUCCAGGGUAUGCAGUACGUGUGUCGGUGUGGGUAGAUUAGUUUACUAGGAAACCAGUGCAGAAGUGAUCAUGAAUGGUUAUUUUUGAUCUACUUUUAAGAAACUACUUUGGCCUAAUCCGUUAAUUUUAUUGUUAAGGACUGACAAAAGAACAAACUGUCUUAAUUUCUUUUCCUUGGAGAACUACUGCUUAUGUGUGCAGCCAUGUGAAUUUACAGAAAUCUUUAUAUGCUCCAAAACACAGUGCAGCUCUGGGUGCUUGUAGCAGGCUGAUAUGAUCACACAUGUUCUGAACUUCCUAUCAUAUGUUACAAGUGGUUUUGCUAACGAACACAGAAGGGUGUCAUCUGGGGAAAUCUGUUUUAAGAUGGCUUAUUUUAUUAUGCUACCUAUUACCAAUAACUAUGUGAAGCUUAAUAGGCUUCUGUUGGGAGUGUGUUAUCUGUAUUUUGUCCCUGCCUGCUUGAUGCAGCAAGCAGCAGUAUUACUAUGGGAUCAAUUUUGGAAGUACUAAUAUUUAUUCUUUAUGCAGUUUACUAGUAAUGAUCACUACCAAAAGUGUAUGUGUAAGCUUUAGCUUUUAUAGUUGUUUUGGUUAAAAUCAAAAGCAAUUCUUCCUCUUAAAAAAAAAUCCACGAAAGGACCUUAAUUCUGCGUAGCUGUGUAAGGUUGUUAUGCAUGUUAAUAAUGGCACCAGUGGAUACUCCUGGAAAGUAGCCAAUCAAGAUGAAUUGGUUCAUCCCUUUAAUAAUACUCUUCAAAUGUUGUGGAAGGCACCAGCCAGGAAAAGGUUACUCUGUCGUUUAAGUAUGUGUCGCUCAUUUAAGCGUCACAUGCUACAAACUAUUUUUCCAGCUCAGAGACUCUAUUUUAGACCCUGCUUGAGUCUAAAUCCCCUGAGAUCCAUAUUUCCUUUCCAUUUUAUUAAUUGAACUAAAAAGUAGUCGAAGCAGUUGCAACUUCUUUUGGAUAAUGUAGGCAUAUCCUGGUGUCUGUAUGCUGGGGAUGAGGAGAUGCACUGUUUAAAACUGACUGUCUUCACUGGUAUUCUCUAGUCAGAAGAAGCUUAGGGUGGGUUCUAACUAUAAUCAGAUGGAUAGAAGUCAGGAUGUCCAAGUUUUGUGUCUGAAACUUGAGAACAGCUUAGGAGCUGAUAUGUGGCCACAAUGUUGAGAUUUAUUUUUUAAUUAGUGACUCAUUAUGUAUUUGGCUUUAAGUGGAAGAAUUCCUUUUGAACAUCAUUUUGUCAUCAGUGUUGGACAUAGCAUAGAGGAUUAAAUGUAGUGCUUCAAUCAAAUUAAUCUUUUGAGGUUUUUUCCUUAUGUCUCCUUUUUGGAUUAAAGUGUUCAUAAGUACCUUAGUUAACACGUCACCAGGAUUGAAAAGCAAACAUCAGAGAUUUGCCAAAACCCACAAACUGUCUUCUUCUGUAAUGCAAUGUAAAAUGACUUGAUCUUAACCGCAGCAUAACAAACCCUUUCGAUCUCUGCAUCCACAGCUGUAGGUGUACGUAUAGAUAUAGCUGAUACUCGGUCUCCAUCUUUAGUAAGGCUGCUUUUUUGAAGAGAAGGCCUUUCGUAGUAUCUAGACCCAGCAGUGUCCAGGUGAUAAGCAGCUGCCUCUUCUUUCAGGAAUCUUGAAUUCUUUCAUUUCUGCAGUUACACUACCUAUAUUAGAAAAGCAUCUGGACAAAAAGCAUUUAGUAGGUAGUUUGACCUAAGUGUGACUAAGCCAACGUGAACGUCCUAGCAGGAAGAGCCACUGGAGCUGUCUGCUCUCUCCCAAUGAUGGCAGACCCACACUGCAAUCUUGGAAUUCAUUUAGACUUGGUUUUUUUGGUGCCUAAUUAGCAGGCAGUGCCAAAAGUACUUAUGUCCAUGUACAGCUCCUCAUUAGGCCCAGCUGAUAUUCCUGCAAAGAAAUGCAGCACUCUGAAUGACUUGAGCCAUCUGGGAUGACAUUUCCCUUGUGCUGUGUUUUGAAAUAGGACAAGAACAACGGAAAGAAAACUUGGAUAUUUGAAGUUUAUUUGCCCUGCUCACAUCAAAGAGCUGAUCAUCUGCAGAUGUCCAGUUUUCCAUGGACAUUAGAAAGCUGUAUAAAGUCUAAGAGUCUGGUCCAGGAAAAGCAAUUUAUGACAGGACCCAACCUAUCCUGUGCAUCUGCGGUCUUGGCAUCCUUGGGAUAAUGGAGUUAUGAUGGGCUGAGGACCAGAGCAGCAGAAGGCAGCUAUCUGACAACCUGACCUGUGGCUCUAAAGUCCCCUUGUACUUAAAAAUUACUGAGUCUUAACCUGUUCCCAGGACAAAAAUGAGUUGUUUUCUCAUACCAAUGCUAUUUUUAAAUUGCCUGUUCUGUUUCUGAGGUUAGGAAUCUGCAAGGAGUUGCAUUUUAGUAACAGUUGGAAGCUCCAAUGAACAGUCUGGUUGUUGGACAGAAUAAUAAAAUCUUGAAUUAGGGCAGUUUGCAUACAGAUAAAUAAAUCUCUCCCCAGAGGCUUACAGUCUUCAAGUGAUGGAGCUGGUUGGACAUCAAAAACCAAUUUGAUGCCGCAGCAGUAAGUGCAAUAUAAAUGUCUGGAGAAGUUUAUAGCCAAAGAUUUGAAGAUUAUCUGAUCUGGAAAGAUCAGAACACUUUUUUUUUUUUUAAAUUUCAGUCUGCCUACCAGAAUUGUUGCUCCUUCUUAAUUUACCCUCCAGCUGGUAAUAACCUCAGCUUUGCAUUGGUGUCCGACUCUGCUGGCUGCUGGUUUUUUAAUUCUUCCUUUUUGUAGCUGCCAUCUGUUUUACUUCCUGUGCUUCUAAUCAGAAUCGAUGAAGCUGAAGCUCUUCUAGUGGCGUGGUCCUCAUGUCAAGGGAGAAAAUAGCUCACUGCUGUUGUUUCUGCCCUGCUGGUAUGUAACAGACUUUUGAUAAAGGUAAUCAUAAUUCAGCCUGUGCAUACUGGGGUGUAUAGAAGCUGUUUUAACCUAGUAGAAGUGGUAUGUGUGUGUUGAAGUAAUACAUGUCCUGUUUCCUCCUGGCUUGCAUCUUAGGCGGUGUUUUAGGUUGUUCAUAGUGAUAGGUUACCCAGAGCUCUCUUAUGUAGCACUUAAUGCUUUCCGUGCUCUGUGAAAGUAUUCUUUACGUGCGCAGCAUAUGUAGCUUCUCAGGUUUUUAUUUUUUGUAUGUUACUCAAAAUGUGAAUGAUAAUUCUUUGUGUGCAGAUGGGGUAAAAAAAGAAGUCUUAAAAUGCAGAGUUACGUAUGCUCUGCUUAAUGAUAAAAUUUCUGGUCCCGUGAGUAUUGCAGGACCCAUUCAGCUAUGAAAAGUUGAUCUCAGUUCUGAUAGCAAGCUAGGGGUUAGGAUGACUCUACUGACUGGCACUAGUUCACGUGUUCUUCUUUUCUCAGUCUGUAGGCUCUGUCUUUUGAUGUCCAGCUCUGUAGGACCUGCUGAUUCUGGGGAAAAUGUGGUGGAAUUUGUUCCGUGCUGUGUCUUACUCAGUAAAACAGCAUGGCUGGUUUUUGUCAGGAACUUCAGCAUCAGUGAUGCACAAGAGUUCUUCAGAGUUAUUUAAUAACCAGGUAAUUUAUAGAAGAUGCAAACCAGGUAACCUGGGAUUGGUGCUACAGUAGGAGCCCUGCAUGGUUGACAUUCCAGAAAGGAUGAUCUGGAAUAGGAGUUACUGCCUCCUCUGUGUAUUAUUUUGAAUGCUGUUUCCCCCCCAUCUUUGGGAGCGUUUAUUGCUGCUAUUUGGGAUUUUUACUUUAUAGUUAUGGAGUGAGUAAUGCCUUUCUGAGUCUGUAGUAGAACUGAAAGGUUCUUUCCGAGCUACAUGUUGUCAGGCUAUCCUCACGUUCAUAAAGAUAUUUUCUACUUGAGGCUCUUGUUUUGCACUGUGGAAGGAUCUGACAUCAAAAUGCGUUUGGGACUAGGAACACACAAAGCUAAUAAACUUGCAGAGUAAAAUUAUAAUUCUAGGCAGAAAAAGAAUCAUUUUUUUAGAUUUUGUUGGCAUAGUUCAGAGGCUGUACAUUGAGCUCCCACUUUUUUUUUUAUUAUUAUAGUUGGUUUAGAUGAACCAGUUGUUCGUACCUGCUUGCACGCCUGGCUGGCCUGUUGUGCUCUCAAUUAGACCACAGCAUUCUGUGCUGGCUGGCAUCUCUUUUCUCUGGGCAAGUGUAAAAGCACCGCUGCCAUCUUCCAUACUGCCUCUUGAUUGAGUUCCAAACUAAAUCUGAUCUUUAGUUUUCAUAUCUACAGUACGUUGUGGCUCUGGCCUGCUAUAGAUCGUGUGGAGCUGUGGAUCGAGGGCUGUGGCUUUGACAUCUAAUGGCCCGUGAGCCCCUUGCUGCUCUGCAAGGUGUUCCCAAACCCGGCUAAAAUCUGUGUGCAGGAGGCAAAUUGCUUAAGGCUGACCUGAAAUUCUGGCUGUCCUGGCACCUAAAUCUCCUCAUCUUUUUCAAGGAGGGUUGUGUACCAGAGCUGAGUUCUCUGGAAGGCAGUAAGUACAAGUACCUCUUUGGUAUGCAGUGCUCCUUACGUGGCCAUUAAUUCCGUUCUUUCUUUCUUCUGUACCUGUAUGGAAAUUGCAGGAAGGAGGGUCAGGGUUUGGCCAUGCUUUCCAGAUCUCAGCAGGGAGCAAGCUUGUUUAUUGCCAUCUGUCUGCUCAACACUGUGGGAAAAAGAAAUGUAGGAACACUUCAGAUUUCAAACAUAACUCAAAGAGGAGUAUCAAUUAAUGAAGGAAAAAAAAUCAGAUUGGUCCAUUUUUGUUGUGUGUUCCCCGUACCGAGGAUUGUUCCAACAUACUUCACCUCUGUUGAAUUAACUACUUUGCCUUUACCUCCCUUGUUCAACAUCACUGUAAAAAGAUUGCUCGGUUUCUUUUCCAUUUGUUUUACAUUGCUUGUAACUUUUUCUUAGAAGUGUGGAAAUAUUUUUCCUUACAUGUUUUAUGCACCGAAAUAAACAAACCACUGAUCACCUGAGUCCCCUCCCCACGUUUUUUACACAGUGCCUCCCAGUUUAUCUUUACAGAUUUUUACCCAAACC